AGCGCGUACACGAUAUUGAUUUUAUAUUAUUCAACACGUCAAAAUGCCACCAAUUCGCAAUAAAAACCGGAAAAAUUUAGAUGAGCAAGAGGGACGAAUCUUAUUAGCAAUUUCCGAUUUACAGAAUGGCCGAAUUCAACGUGUAGCUCAAGCUGCAAGGAUUUACGAGAUCCCCCGGACAACUUUACAAGAUAGACUCAAUGGUAUUCAACAAAGAUCUCUCGUACGCGCCAACAGCCAUAAAUUGACUCAAUAUGAAGAGGAAUCGCUUGUCAAAUGGGUGCUUGAUUUAGAUCGACGUGGAUUACCCCCCGGCAUUCUCUUGAAAUACAACUACGAACGUGCUAAAUGCGAAGAUCCAAAGAUAAUACAAGAACAUUUUGAUCGCGUACAAGCUGCUAUAUCUGAGUACGGCAUCUUACCGGAAGAUAUAUUCAACUUUGAUGAGACUGGCUUUGCUAUGGGACUCUGCGCAACUGCAAAGGUUAUUACUGGAAGCGAUCGAUAUGCUCAGCCGAAGCUUUUACAGCCUGGAAAUCGAGAAUGGGUGACUGCAAUUGAGGCAACAAAUUCAACUGGAUGGGCUGUGCCUUCGUACGUGAUUUUCAAAGCAAAGAAAAACGUACGAGAAGGCUGGUUUGAUGAUCUUCCAGAUGAUUGGCGAAUCAAUAUUAGCGAUAAUGGCUGGACUACAGAUCAGAUAGGAUUAGAAUGGCUUAAAACCCAUUUUAUUCCCUAUAUUAAUGGUCGUACGGUUGGAAAAUAUCGAAUGUUGAUUCUUGAUGGCCAUGGAAGCCAUUUGACUCCAGAAUUUGACCAUAUAUGUACUGAGAAUAAUAUUAUUCCAGUCUGUAUGCCACCUCAUUCUUCGCAUCUCUUACAGCCUCUUGAUGUUGGCUGUUUUGCUGUUUUAAAGCGACAUUAUGGGCAGCUUGUUGAGCAACGAAUGAGGCUUGGUUUCAAUCAUAUUGAUAAAAUGGACUUCUUAACAGCAUUUCCACAGGCUCGUACAGUGGCAUAUAAAGCUCAAACUAUUCGGAAUAGCUUCGCAGCCACUGGAUUAGUGCCUUUCAAUCCAGAUCGAACACCAACCCCCCCUCCAAGUCGAUCAAGCAAUACGGCAUCAUCCUGCUUACAAACACCUCAAAAUAUACGCCAAUUUAUACGCCAGUCGACUACAAUCAAUAAACGUAUAAAUGAGCGUACAGAAAGCAACCAAAAUCAAGAAAUCAAUCAGGCAGUUGUACGGUUGUCAAAAGCCUACGAAAUGAUAGCGAAUGAUGUUUUACUCGUACGGAAAGAGAACUACGAUUUACGAGCUGCACAUGAGAAAGAGAAGCAAAAGCGCCAAAAAUCUAAAAAGCAAAUAUCUAUUGAGCAAGCGGUUACUAAAGAAGAAGUGCAAGCGCUCGUACAAGGUCAGGUUGAGGCAUCCCAUGCUGUUACUACUACUCCGGCUGAGCCGGAGCUCCCAGCUUCUCAAGCAGUCGUACGCCGCCAAUAUCGCUGCAGUGGUUGUAACGUUAUGGGGCAUAGAAUUAACCAAUGCCCUAGUCGUAUUAGUAGUUAG